GGGCUGCGGGAAUGGCCCUAUCCCAGAAGCCCCGAAGGAAACGGGAGUUUCUGAUUUUUUCCUGAGGGAAAAGGGAGUUUCAGAUUUUUUCCUGAGGUAAAAGGGAAUUUCUGUUCUUUUCAUCAGGUAAAAGGGAAUUUCUGGGUUUUUCCUGAGGAAAAAGGGAAUAUCCCGUUCGUUUGGGAGGGAAAAGGGAAUUCCUGCUUUUCCUGGAGGAGGGGUUGGUAUCUGAUUUUCUGCAGGGAAAGAAAAGAAUUCAUUUUUCAGAGGUAAAAGGGAAUUUCAGAUUUUCCUGCGGGAAAAGGAAAAUUUAUGGAUUUCCAGCUGGUUUCUGACUUUCCUAAGAGGAACAGGAAUUUUUGAGUUUUCCCAGAGAGAAUGGGAAUUUUACUCCAGAGGGAGAGGUUGGUUUCUAAUUUUCCUGAAGGAAAACAGAAAUUCCUUUUUUUCCUGAGGGAGAAACCAAUUCCUGGUUUUCCAUGUGAAAAAGCAAAACUGUUUUUCCUGAUGGAAUGGCUAAUUCCAUGUUUUUCCAAGGAAAAAGGAAGUUCCUGGUUUUCCUAAAGGAAGAAGGAAUUUCAGGUUUUCUGGGGGAAGAGGUAAGAUCCUGGUUUUCCUGAGUAAGAAGAAAUUGUCCAUUUUUUCCUGAGGAAAAAAGGAGUUUCAGGAGAGACUAAGGGAGACUCUGGUUUCUGUUUUUCCUAAGGAAAGAAGGAAUUUCUUUUUGUCUAAAGGAGUGGCCACUUUCAUGAGGGAAACGCUGAUUUCUGGUUUUCCAGAGGGAACAUUUGGUUCCUGAACUUCUCAAUGGAAAAAGAAGCUUCUGGUUUUCCUGAGGGAAAAGGGAAAUUCUGUUUUUCCUAAAGGAAAGAUCAGAUCCUAAAGAAAAGGAAAUUCUAUUUUCUGAAGGGAGAGACUAGAUCCUAAAGUUCUCAAGGAAAAAUGGAAUUUCUGCUCUUACUGAGGGGUGGCUGCUUCUCAGAUUCCAGAGGGAGACAAAAAUUCCUGGUUUUCCUGAAGGAGAGGCCAGGCCUGGAUUUUCUGAAGAGAAAUUUUUCAUUAUCCCGAGGGAGAAUGAAAUUCCUGCUCAUCAUGAGGGAGAGGGUGGUUUGUGGAUUUCCUGAGGGAAAAAUUCCCAUUUUUCUGGAGGCCUGGCUCCAUGGUGGAGCAGGAGAGGCCGCGACGCCUCCUGAGGCUGGUCCAGGAGGGAAACCUGGAUCUCCUACGGGAUGAGCUGAGGCUGGAUGAGAUUCCAGAGGCUCUCAGCUGGCGCUGGGGACGUUUGGGAGACUCCCUGCUGCACCACGCGGCUCGGUCGGGGCACCGGGAUGUGCUGGAAUUCCUGAUCCGGGAGAUUGGGAUGGACCCAGAGGUGGCCAACGGGGACUACAAGAGACCCAUCCAUGAGGCUGCUUCCAUGGGACACCAGGAAUGUGUGUCCUUCCUCCUGGAGAGAGGGGCCAGCGUGGACUGCUUGAAAAAGGGGGACUGGACUCCCCUGAUGAUGGCUUGCACCAGGAAAAACUUGGAAGUGAUCAAAACUCUGGUGGAGCAUGGAGCCAAUCCCUUGCUGAGGAAUAAGGAUGGCUGGAAUUGCUUCCACAUUGCCAGCAGGGAAGGGCAUCCCGAGGUUCUCCGGUUCCUGCUGGAUGUGUUCCCAAACUGCUGGGACACAGAGAGCACCACGGGGAGAACUCCUCUGCACACAGCAGCGAUGCACGGCUGUUCCCAGGUUGUGGAGCUGCUCCUGGAGCGGUGUCAGUACCAGCCUGACAGCAGGGACAGCUGUGGGGUCACUCCCUUCAUGGACGCUCUCCAGAACGGACACGUCGGCAUCGCCCGGCUGCUCCUGGAAAAACACCAGGCCUGUCCCACAGCUGUGGAUGCCCUGGGUGCUCAGGCCCUGCACAGAGCAGCUGUGACAGCCCAGGAUGGAUCCAUCCAGUUCCUGGUGUCUGAGCUGGGCGUGGAUGUCAACGGGAGAGCGACGUCCCUGCGGCUGCCAGCCCUGCACUACGCUGCCAAGGCAGCUGACCUUGAUUUCCAUCUGCUCCAAGAUCCUCUGGAUCCCCCAGACCUGAGCAGGGCAGAGCAAUUCCAGGUCAGGGAUGGAUCCGAGCGCAGAGCUGAUCCCAAAUCCCACCUUCUGCAGGAAGGACAUGGACAAACCAUCCAGACCCUGCUGUCCCUCGGUGCUGAUAUCCAGGCUAAGGAUGGGAAGGGCCGUUCUGGUGAGAAUUCCAAGCUGUUUUUCCAAGCUUUAUGUGACACCUGGAGCUUCCACGAGCGCAUCCCAACCUCUGCAUGCACGGGAGAUGCCAAAUCCAUGGAUACAUUUGCUCUGGGAGCAACACCAUGGAUCCAUCCCAGUUUUUUUUGGGCAUUUUGCAUUCCCUGGCUUUCAAUUUACUGGAAUUUCUGCUGGAGCUUUUCCCUGGGAGGGGCUGGGGGAAGAACAGAGUGACAAAUUGGGAAUUCCCUGCUUAUUUUUCACCUGAGGAGCUCCAAUGCCACCUUCUCCCGAUGAAAUUUCUCUGGAAUGAUCCUGUUGGAAGCAGGUUGGAUGGACAAACACAUGGAUCGAGCUCUCCAACCUCAAUUCCUUAGCAAAUCAGCCUGGAAAUGGCUGAUGAGCAAAUAAUACCAGGGAGCUGGCACGGAAAUAGAGUUGCUAUAGCGAUGCUGGAGCGUCGGCAUUCCCAGCGGGAAAAGCUCAGGCAAGCUCUUGCAUCAGCAUCUCCCAAAAAAAACCCUAAAAAAAUUAAAAAUUUGGGGAAAAAAAAUGGACAAAGGGUUUCAGCCAUUGGGGAAUUGCCCAGCCCUGGGGUUUGGUGAAAGGUUUUAGCGGAACCACCUCUCCCUCUGCCUCCUCCGGGAUUUAAUCCGAGCUCUGCUGAGCUCAUCCAGCCCUGGGAUGUUUUUUCCUGUUGCUCCUCCUUGGCUGGGUUUGGGUCACUGCGUCCUUGGGAAGCUUCUCAUCCACAGCAGGAUUAUCCAGAGGGAUCAGGAAACCUCGUUUGGAUUACAGGGAGAUUUUUUCUUUUACAGUGAGGGUGGAGAAGAGCUGGGUUGGAAUUCCCAGAGCAGCUGUGGCUGCCCCUGGAUCCCGGGAAUGGCCAAGG